AUAUUUUAAAGGCCCAAGAGAGAAACUACAAAAGAAAUUAAUUUCUUCUGAAACAGAGCAAAUCUUGGUAGACAAAAAUGGCAGAGACUAACGGCUCUCUGCAGCAAAACAACCCCGCUUUUCUUCAAUCUCUCGUUCAUUCACUUGACCCUAUUUCGCUUCUUCUCUCUCAAAACUCUGAUCCUCAAAACCCACCGGUUUCGCUCAAACUUAUUACGGAGAGUUUCUUCAUGGAGAGAGGACCCAGGUACGAAGAAUACGCAAAACUCAGAGAACUAAAGUUGAGAAGAAAGAGACAACAAGAAGAAGUUUAUGAAGUUUGUGAGCCAAAAAGAUCGCCUUUGAAGAAACAAGUGAGGUUUCAAGCGAAUCUGACUGGUUCAAGAAAAGGGUCCUCUGUUUCGAAUGUGUUGGCCCAGUCAGUGCCUGAUUUUUCCGCGACUUUACGGAAGGAGAAUCGGAAACCGGUGACUAGUACACCUGAGUUGACUCCUCCGGCGAAGAAUUGGUCAAGAAUGAAUGGGAAUUUAUCGAAUUCACGAGGGAGUAAGUCGGCCAAUGCAGGGGAGAAGAGAGGAGUGAUGACCAGGAAGAGUUACGCUAGUAUUGAAGAAUUGAAGGGGUUGUCAAUGGGGGUUUCAAGGGAGAUUUGUGGUGAAAACAGAGGGAGAAAUGGUAGAGCCAAGACUAUUCUGGGUGCUUCUGCUAGUAGACAGUUUUCAAUGUUUGGUUAAGUUGCUCUGUUUUCUCAUCAUCAUCUUCAAUUCUUUUUACCUUCUUCACGAUUCUAAUGGUUGUUGAUUUGAUUCGUAACGGUGGAAUUGCUCACGGUUCAAGACCUUUUUUUCAAUGUUUUUGAUAGAUUGUAAAGCUCUGAAUAUGAUAUGGUAUAAUCUUUGUUUACAUGUGAUUAUUAUGUAAUGAAUGAAGUCCUACUUUCAAUGUGCA